AUGUACUCGCCGAUGAGUGGGGCCAGAGCUCUCAAGUCUCCAUCCUUCGUGUUCGGCGACGACACCUCCCACAUAGCCACGAGGUUGAGCGAGAGCUGCUACGUGUCCGACGACGAGGGCGCGAGGAGCAGCAACAGGACAGGGGAUAUGACUCCGGUGAGGAGAACGCCGACCAGAUCGCUCUCCUUCUCGGUCGGGGUCACUCCCGGGAAGCAGGGAAACCCGAACAGGAUGAGCAUCUCGCCAGCGGCUUCGGUCGGAGGCAGCACCCCGAGACGCUUCAUGCCGGUCACCCCCGUCAGGACGCCAUCCAGGGCCUCGAGGAGCGGCUCCGGCCGAAAGAAGGUGGACAACGUCGCGGCGGAUCCCAUGAGCGUCUGCAAGGGCGGCGGCGGCGUGGGAUCAUCGACCAACGCGGCGGUCUCCCGAGGCAGCGAUAGCAGCAAAGCCUCAUCCGCCUCGACGGACGGCAAGGAGAACGCCCCUUCUGUCAGCCACCGGUUUGACCUUUUCGCGGCUCCUUCACCGGCAACGCCUAAGGCCGGCAGCGUCGCCAACAAAAGCAGCUCUACGGCGUUUGAUCUCAUGCCGCCGCCGCUGCCUCGCACUCCGGGCGGAGCGAAGGGGGUCUCACAACGGACGUCGGUGCUAUCCCCCCUGGGGCGCCACGACCCCAACCUGCAGCAACCAGAUCCCAGGGCCGGCGGCGUCGAGCGGGGAAGGGCGGCCGAGAAGUCCCUCCUCACACCGGUCGCAUCUCCGCGAUCGAGGAGCUUCAGCAUUGGCCGCAGCAGCGGCGACGCGAGCAGAGGGAGAAGCAACGGCAGCGGGGCCGGGGUGGACUCGAGCAGCAGCCAAAAGGCUCACAAAGCCGGAGCAGCUCACAAACAGCAGCACCACCAGCUGAAGCGCUCGUCCUCGCGGGACGCGGCCGCCGCCGCGGCUGCUCGCUGCGCCCCCACGCCGCCCCGGCGCGGCCGUAGCAGCGGCACUUCCAGCAGAAGCAGUCGCACGCAAGCGCACGACGUAGGCGCUAGCGCCGGCGGUAGCCGUUGCCGGGGUGGUGCCGGUGCCUCGGUGGACGCUCAGCCGCCACCGCAACCGCAGAAUCAGCAGCAGCAACAACAACAGCAGCAGAAGCAGCAGCAACAGCAACAGAGUCAGGCAGCAGCGGCGCCGCCAGCAGGACCAGCGGGCACGGCCGUCUUCUCCGUGGGUGUGGGAGGAGGGGCCACCAAUGUGAGGAAGUCACGGGCAGCAGCGCGGCCGUCGGAGCCGCCUGCAGCGGCCGCGGCGGCCGAUAUUGCCACGGUAGCAGCAGCAGCAGCAGCAGCAGCAGCGGGAAGCGGGGAAGGGACCGGGCUUCACGAGUUGCUCGUCGGACGGGCGAGGGAGUUCGCGGAGCAGGCGAGGGCGGAAACACUCGUGGGGAUGCCCCGCGAGGCGGCGAGGAGCUUCACCUCGGCCCUGAAGAUUGUCGCCCCCAGGACGAACAUGGCCGGGUGGGCCUCGGUGAAGGUGGAGUUGUUGCUGGCGAGGGCGCAGGUCCUGUCGGCGCUCGGCAAGCACGAGGCGUGCGCUGAGGACUGCCGGUCCGCCCUCCGGCUGGAGCCGACUCUGCUGCAGGGCAUCACGCUUCUCGGGCACGCCUGCCUUCGCCUCGGCCUUCACGAGGAGACCGUCCGCUUCCUGAACGAGGGCCUCUCCCUGGCCAUCUCUCAGCCUGACCGCUCUGUGAUGGUUGAGGCCCAGCGCAUGUGCAGCGCGGGUAUCGAGGAGGCCAGCAGGGUUGGCAGCGCGCUAGAGUCAGGGGCGCGUUCCUCUCGGCACGGUCAGCACGAGGCGGUGCUCGCCGCGGCGUCGAGGGCCCUGGAGAUCGCUCCGCAAUGCGCGGCGGCUCAGGAGAUGAGGGCCUCCGCGCUUCUCCGGCUCCUGCGGCCAACAGAGUGCGUCCUCUUCUGCGAGGCGGUAUGCAUCAGGCCGCGUGCGGAUCCCGAGGACGAUUUUGACUGGGCCGCCGCCGGCGGUCGGACCGCCGGGUCGAUGUGCCCCAUACAGGCGGCGCUUGGCAUGGCUCCCGGAGUCGCGAGGUUGUACGCGUCGGCGCUGAGGGGCUGCGGACGGCAGCACGAGGCCCUGCCUGUGGUUCAGGCUUUACGGUGUCGAGACCCUUCGCUCGCCUGGUGCGUCGAAGACGGGGCUUGCUGGGACCGGGCCGGGAGGCUGACGGUGGAAGGGGAACGCCUCGCCGCCGGUGGUGACCAUGCUAAGGCCGCAGAGGCGUUCACCCAGGUGUUGGAGGCCGAUCCAGGUUGCGUCGUGCCGAGCGCCGAAGCCUUCUGCCACCGGGGUUCGUGUAGGCUGGGGGAGGGUAAGGCGCUCGAAGCACUGGAUGACUGCUACCGAGCUCUGUCGCUCUUGUCGCUUGAGGGUGUCGAAGGAGGUCAACGCACGGCGGCGGUGGCGGCGGUGGCUGGCGCGGCCGAGGCGUUCGCGUCUGCGCGCGGAAUGGCGCUGCUCGUGAGGGGACGCGCGUACCUUGCCCUCUCGCGGCUCGGAGAGGCGAUCGGCGACUUGCGGGGAUGCUCCAAGUGCAACCCCGGGCUGGAGGAGGACGCGCUGAAGUACCUGCGGGAGGCGGAGCAGCGGCAGGCCGAGGCUGGGCAGCAGCGGCGCCGACGGGAGCGGCAGGAGAGGGAGAGGCAGGCCGAGGCGGCCGCGGCUGCCGCAUCUCUGGCAGCGGCGGCGGAAUCAAAGGCCAAAGCCGCCGCCGCCGCCGCCGCCGCGGAACAACAGAAAGCAGCGAGGGAACAGGAGAAGGCAAGGGAGGCGGCGCCGGCGGCGGCGCAGAGGGCGCGCCCGGCUGCUGCGAGCGGCAGACGCGGAGGCGGUGGCGGAGACGGUGGCUCAACAAGGCGGCGUGGUGCCGCGGGUACGGGAGCGGGGGGCGGCGCCGCGUCUCCCUUCCAGAAACCUGGCACACGGUCUCGCCCGGGGUCUUCUUCGUCUUCUGGUGGUGGCGGUGGUGCCGCUUCUGGCGGAGGCUACGGUGGUGGUGGUGAUGGAAUGAAGACCCCAGCGAGGGGCAGCGGCGUCGCUCGGUCUCCCAAGAUCGAGAGCGAGAGCUACUAUCGACGUCUGGGCCUGCCUACAAAUGCCUCAGAAGACGCCAUCAAGAAAGCCUUCCGCAAGCUGGCACUCAAGUAUCAUCCAGACAAGAACAAGUCCGACGGAGCUGCCCGCAGCUUCAGGCUCGUGUCGGAGGCCUACCGCAUCCUCACGUCCCCGGACUCGAAGCAGCAGUACGACCGGACACGUCGCUAUACGAUCGAAACCCCUCCCAGCAACGGUGGCGGUAACGGGGGCGGUGGUGUUGGCGGUGGUCGCGGCGGAAGAAGCGGUGGGAGGACGGCGGGGGGGUCCGCCUAUUCGUCCGCUGGCAACGGAGGGGGCGGUGGCAGCAGCACGGGUGCUCCCCGAUACUAUUGGUGACGGGGGUUUUUAUUUUAUACCUGUUUGAUUCACAUCUUGGUCAGUGUUGCCUCUGUUGUCGGUGUUCCUCUCCGGGCCGGACGGCGGCUAUCCUUACGACGGGGGUGAUAGGAGGCAGUGAGGCAUGGCACUUGUAUCGUCGGUGCACUCCUACUACUGUAAGCGGUGGCCGACCAAGCCAGGACAGGUUGUUCGUAUAGUUACCGUUUCUUGUGGAGGGGUCGACGGCUGCCGAAUCACUUGUACGCUGUUCACCAGUCUCCCGUCCCGGUCCUCGGUAGCAAGAAGGAGAGAAGCGCAUUGUGCAGCAAGCAGGGGAUCAUCCGUGAG